UCUGUCCAGGCUGUAUGACAAACCCGCCCUCCCACUCUCACUAUGGCUACAGCUUCCGCCCCAUCCUGUUCAUUUCUGUGAAUGACGUACCUAAGAGCUAAUCAGACGGCGGUGUUAUCUUGUGUGCAGCGGCCAUUUUCUCUGUAGUCCCUAUACUCAUAACAUCUUGAAGUGACGCAGCAUAGGGGGCGGAGUUAGGGAGUCCUCAGUCGCCAUUUUGGAGAUCCUCAUUAAUGCACGAGGGGAGAGGGGACUGUACAGUGAGAGGAGAUGCGGAAGUGGCUGCACCACAUCAAAGCCCCAGCAGCAUCACAGUCCCAUUUGCAGCUCACCAGUGCGUCUGGGUAACAACAUAUAGCACUGGUAACACAGAAAACAACCAGGCAGUAGAAGUUCCAGCUUGAGGUGAUAAUACACAGUCAUACAGCAAUAUAUGAUGAGUGCUCAGGGUGUUCUGAGCGGCGUGUAGCCAAGUGAAUGGCGUGGGCACUGCCCCAACAUCACCCUAUUCCUCUACUCCGGCACUCCAGACACAGGCAACAGAUCACCACUAUAAUAAGCGGUGCCGGACAGCGGAAAGGAUUAGAACCAGUAACUCAGACGCACACAGAGGCCGGUGACAGAAGGCGAUGAUGGAGAAUGGCCGGGACCCCACGUCACUGGAAUUACAGGAAGAUCUAUCUGUUCAUAAUAAAGAAUAUAUCCCUUGUGAAAAAGAAAAUCUUCUACAUCCUGACAUUAAGGAGGAACCAGUCUCAUGUGAUGGAGAACUCAAACACACUGAUAUGUAUACGCCCAAAGGUCACACACAGUAUACAUCUACUCAUAUUAAGGAGGAACCAGUCUCAUGUGAUGGAGGAGACCUCACACACACUGACAUGUAUACACCCACAGGUCAUACACGGUAUACAUCGACUCAUAUUAAGGAGGAAUUAAUCUCAUGUAAUGGAGGAAAUCUCACACACACUGACAUGAUGUAUAAAUCCAUAGAUCAUACACAGUAUACAUCUACUCAUGCUGAGGAGAAAGUAUGGUCUUCCAAAAGUGAAACAUGUAUUAAGAACAGGUCCAGUCAUCUUCGACACCAGAGGAAAAAAAGUCGACAUACCAAUAGAGACAAAUCUUGGCCCUGCCCUGAAUGUGGAAAAAGUCUUUCUAGUAAGGCAUUGCUUAAUAAGCAUCAGAGAACUCACACAAGCGAGAAGCCAUUUCCAUGCUUGGAGUGUGACAAAUGUUUCACAUUAAAAACAAAUCUUGUUAGACAUCAGAGAACUCACACAGGUGAGAAGCCAUUUCCAUGUUCUGAGUGUGGGAAAUGUUUUGCACAGAAAUCAGAUGUUGUUGCACAUCAGAGAAGUCACACAGGUGAGAGGCCAUUUCCAUGCUCGGAGUGUGACAAAUGUUUCACAUUAAAAGCAAAUCUUGUUAUACAUCAGAGAACUCACACAGGUGAGAAGCCAUUUCCAUGUUCUGACUGUGGGAAAUGUUUUGCACAGAAAUCAUAUGUUGUUGCACAUCAGAGAAGUCACACAGGUGAGAAGCCAUUUCCAUGUUCUGAGUGUGGGAAGCGUUUUAGAGAUAAAGCAAAUCUUGCUGUGCAUCAGCUAAGUCACACGGGCGAGAGGCCGUUUCCAUGUUCUGAGUGUGGUAAACGUUUUAUAUGUAAAUCAAAACUUACUGUGCAUCAGAUAACUCACACGGAUGAAAGUCCAUUUCCAUGUUCUGAGUGUGGUAAACGUUUUAUAUGUAAAUCAAAUCUUGCAGUACAUCAGAGAAGUCACACAGGUGAGAGGCCAUUUCCAUGCUCGGAGUGUGACAAAUGUUUCACAUUAAAAGGAAAUCUUGUUAGACAUCAGAGAACUCACACAGGUGAGAAGCCAUUUCCAUGUUCUGAGUGUGGGAAAUGUUUUGCACAGAAAUCAGAUCUUGUUGCACAUCAGAGAAGUCACACAGGUGAGAGGCCAUUUCCGUGUUCUGAGUGUGGGAAGCGUUUUAGAGAUAAAGCAAAUCUUGCUUUGCAUCAGCUAAGUCACACGGGUGAGAGGCCGUUUCCAUGUUCUGAGUGUGGUAAACGUUUUAUAUGUAAAUCAAAACUUACUGUGCAUCAGAUGAGUCACACGGAUGAGAGGCCAUUUCCAUGUUCUGAGUGUGGUAAACGUUUUAUAUGUAAAUCAAAUCUUGCAGUGCAUCAGAUAAGUCACACAGGUGAGAUGCCAUUUAGAUGCUCUGAGUGUGAAAAAUGUUUUGCAAGGAAAUCGGAUCUUGUUCUGCAUGAGAGAUGUCACACAGGUGAGAAACCAUUUCCAUGUUUUGAGUGUGGGAAGCGGUUUAGAUGUAAAUCACAUCUUGCUCGACAUAAGAGAGGUCACACAGGUGAGAGGCCGUUCCCAUGUUCUGAGUGUGGGAAGUAUUUUGCAGAGAAAACACUUCUUGCUCUUCAUCAAAGAAGUCAUACAGGUGAGAAACCAUUUCCAUGUUCUGAGUGUGGGAAGCGGUUUACAUGUAAAUCACAUCUUGUUAGACAUCAGAGAGGUCACACAGGUGAGAGGCCAUUUAGAUGCUCUGAAUGUGGGAAAUGUUUCUCACAGAAAUCACAGCUCCGUACACAUCAGAGUAGUCACACAGAAAAGAAACUGUUUCCAUGUUCUGAGUGUGGGAAAUGUUUUUACACUACCUCAAGUCUGAAAAGUCAUGUGAAGAUUCAUAUAGGAGAGAAAUUAUUUUCCUGCUCCGAGUGUGGGAAAUGUUUUAUGCGCAAAUCUGAUCUUGUUAGACAUGAGAGAAGUCACACAGGAGAGAAGCCAUUUCCUUGUUCUGAGUGUGGGAAAUGUUUUAACCGUAGCACACGUCUGAAAACACAUCAGAAGAUACACACAGGUGAGAGGCCAUUUUCCUGCUCUGAGUGUGUGAAAUGUUUUAGGCACAAAUCCAAUCUUGUUAUACAUGAGAGAACUCACACAGGUGAGAAACCAUUUGCAUGUUCUGCGUGUGGGAAAUGUUUUAUACAAAAAGCAAGUCUUGUUAAACAUCAGAGAAGUCACACAGGUGAGAGGCCAUUUCCAUGUUCUGAGUGUGGGAAAUGUUUUAUACAAAAAGCAAGUCUUGUUAGACAUGAGAGAAGUCACACAGGUGAGAGGCCAUUUCCAUGUUCUGAGUGUGGAAAAUGUUUUAACCGUAGCUCAAAUCUGAAAACACAUCAGAAGAUCCAUACAGAGCGAAAACCAUGAUCUAGCUCUAAAAGUGGAAAAAAUGUCAGUCCUAAGUCAAAUCAGAAAGUACAUAAACAAGUCACGCAGGAGAAAAACUAUAAUAUUGUUCUGAAUGUUGUAAAUGGUUUUCCUUUAUCGCAGUUUGAAAAUCUGUACAGGAGAGAAGUCAAUAUCCUUAUUGUGUAUGUGGAAAAUCUCCACAACCUACAGACUGACAUUGGUUGGAAAAAGCAUCAGAGAUUUCACACAGCUGAUCUAAUCUGCAGCCAUGAGAGCCCGGUACAGUUACCAGUAUGGCUCCAUUAUGUGUAGUUUUAUCCUCAUGUAAAUAAUAAUAAAAUAUACAGUGUGCGAAUAAACA